AUGUCAGACCAAAUAACACACAAAAACCUCGAUGAUGUGACCAGUCACAAGAUAUUCAUUCAGGAAUGUGAUGGAGUCAAGACUACUACCAAUCAAGAUGUGGCAAAAUUCUCUAUAAAAGAGAUGAAUCUGUUCAAUUUUGACAGCUUUGAAAGCAUUGAAAAUGUUAAGACUAGCCAGGAGUCCAAGUCCGGAAUACUUGAUCACGUCGAAUCUUCAGCUUUUGACGGCUGCUACUCCCAGGCUUAUAUAGCAGACAAUACCUUGUUCUCAAAUAAAUUGAUAGAGAAAUCAAUGCUAGAUCUGAAAAAUAAAUCUAAGAAGAAACUCAAUUCGAAUUUAUCCAAAUUCGGAUUCUCAAAUAAGAAGAUUAAGAAAUUUCAAGAGCUUAUAGAUGAAAAGAAGAAGAACCAAGAUGCCUACAGCAUGAGUAGGAAUCUAUUAAGGUUCAUGCAAAGCGAUUCCGCUUUGCAUGAACAAAAAUCAGGUGUUUGCUUUAAGACCUUGAACUAUACCACUAGCUUUGAGAAAAAGGAAGCCAUUAAGGAUAUCAACCAAUAUGAGAGCAUGAAGGAUAUCAAAAUAGAGGUUCCUUCACUAAAUAUAAAAGCGGUUGAAUCUAAAAAGAGAUCUACAUCGAUCAAAACUCAGGUUGAGCUGAGAGCUCAACCUCGAGUCAAGAAAAAGACCAAGAAUAUAUUCAAAAGGGAAUAUAGUCCUGCUGUUGAGGCUAAAUUUAACGUGAAAUUGCCCCUCGAGAUGCCAAUACAGAGCAUGCUGAAAUAAGAUCAAUAAAGAAAAGAAGAAAAUUAAGAAGAAAUCUUCCUAUAAGAUGCCUCUUAUGAGGCCGAUCGAUAGUAAUAAGGAUAUUAAUAUAAUCCUUAAGAAGAGAAUGAGCUCUGUAACAGAGAAGAAAUCAGAAGCCUUGCCAACCCACAGCCCCACUAAGAACAUCGAGGUGGAGACGCUCACUGCUCCCUUGAAGGUGCAGAAGAUCCAAUUUUCGCAAAUCCCAAAGAGAAGAAGUUUGAAAUAAGGCCGAUGUUAAAAGAUUAAUAAAGGGCCAGGUUUUAAAGGAUCCCAAGAAAACUCCGGAUCAUAGGCUGCUCCGGAUAGGCACUCCUGAUGUAAAGAUGAUAGAUAUCAGAAGAAAGGAGUGUGUGAGUACUUGAAAGAACAUCCAAGAAAGCUUGAUUGGUGCUAGAGCACCCCAGAUGAUCAACUCCGGCCUCCAGAAAUUCCUUGAACAAAGUGUUCAGAGUCAAACUGAGAUGGACUUUGAUACUAACAAUGAUCAAAUUUCUGAAGAGCGAAUUUCGGAUAGUUACAGCCCAACUAAGAUCAGAGAAAUCAAGAUUAAAAAAGUUCUCAUACAAGAGAACAGUCCUAAAAAGAUGUGAUUCCGAAGGAAAGCUCAGUCAAAGUUAUUUGAUAUCCCUAGGUCUAAGAGCUCAAUCUCAAAGCUUGCACACGGGCAUCCAUAUUUUGCCCAGUGAGAGCACCAAUCGAAGGGUGAUUUAAAGCUUUUGAGUGCAGUUGGCAUGCAACCUAGUUGUCAUACUCUAGAUAACAACACCUUUCUAAGAUGCUCGAAGGAGAUAAUCGACACUAUUUCUUCAUGAAGGGGCUCUUGAGUCAGGAAAAAUAAUCAUAACAAGUUCAAGGUUGCUAGAAGAGUUAUAAAAAAAUACGCUGAUCGCAAGGUGAAUAAUCAGAGUAUUGUCAACAGGAAGGUACUUGACCGCCUGAAGCAAUGGUCAGGCACCAGCUACAUGAAUGAGUUCAGGGAAGAUUAUUCAGGUUUGGCAACGGAGUUAUCCCAAUUUAAUCAUUAAAU